UAGCCGUGAUCCCGCCCUCAACGCGGAGGCCGCUGGGGGCUGGUCUCUAUGGCAACGGACUGUACACUACCGCAACGGCUCCAGCAGGCUUCUGCUCCAAAGUAAUGGCCAACCCCCAGGCGCAUCAAAGUUUCUCCAAGUCAAGAACAAGUACACAAUCUUCAGGAGGGAUUCCGGAAGCCAAGGGCAUUGAGAAACGCAAGCUUUCUCAGAAACGAAGGACACUGCUAAAAAAGCAGAGAAAGCAGAUUUACUCUCCAUUUGAAAAUCUGAAACACAGCCAGGUGGUGGUGGCGCACGCCUUUGAUUCCAGCACUUGGGAGGCAGAGGCAGUCGGAUUUCUGAGUUCGAGGCCAGCCUGGUCUACAGACCCUUGCAGUUAUCCAUGGGUGGCCACCUGUCACCAUGGCCUACAUACACCAGUGGCCAGACGAUUCUACAUAAAAGAAAGCCCUGUUCAGAUGACAGCCGGAAUCGAGCCAAACCAAGAGUGCAAGGACCCAUGGGUGCUAGUGACAUCUCAGCCCACCAUCCUCUGCAGUAGCUGGCAGCAGCAGCCCCUGAGCAUCUCCAAGCCCAGGUACCUGGAGCAACUAGAGAACUAUCUGCGCAAGGAACUUCUCCUGCUGGACCUGAGCACAGACUCUGCCCAAGAACUGAGGCUGCAGCCUUACAGGGAGAUCUUUGAGUUCUUCAUAGAGGAUUUCAAGACAUACAAGCCAUUGCUAUCCUCCAUCAAGAAUGCAUAUGAGGUGAUGCUGGCCCACCAAAGGGAGAAAAUCCGGUCCCUGGAGCCCCUGAAGGCCAAGCUUGUCACUAUGAACGAGGACUGCAGUGAGAGAGUCCUGGCCAUGAGGGCUGAGGAGAAGUACGAAAUCUCCAUGCUCAAGAAAGAGAAGAUGAACUUGCUAAAACUCAUCGAUAAAAAGAAUGAAGAGAAGAUCUCAUUGCAGAGUGAGGUAACUAAACUGAGGAAGAGCCUGGCUGAGGAGUACCUGCGUUACCUUACGGAACGAGAUGCCCGCAAAAUUCUCAUCGGGGACCUGAAUGAACUGAGGUACCAGCGAGAAGACAUGUCACUAGCCCAGAGCCCAGGUGUUUGGGGAGAAGACCCUGUGAAGCUAACACUGGCACUGAAGAUGACUCGACAAGACCUGACUCGCACACAGAUGGAACUUAACACGAUGAAAGCCAACUUUGGAGAUGUGGUACCCAGGAGAGAUUUCGAAAUGCAAGAGAAGACCAACUUGGAUCUUCAAGAGCAGCUAGAAAGCAUGAGAGCCGACUAUGCAGAAGUCCGAAAGGAACAUGAGCUGCUGCUGCAGUUGCACAUGAGCACACUAAAGGAGCGGGACCAGUUCUAUGCUGAGCUGCAGGAGAUCCAGCGCACCUCCACACCCAGACCUGACUGGACCAAAUGCGAAAGUGUCAUAGCAGGGGGCUCGGAUCGCUGGCUAGUGCUGGCUGAAGGAAAGAAUAGUGACCAGCUGGUGGAUGUGCUCCUGGAGGAAAUAGGCAUGGGUCUGCUUCGGGAGAAAGACUUCUUCCCUGGCCUGGGCUUUGGGGAAUCCAUCCCUCCCUUCCUUCGGUUUGAUGGCCCUGUGAAGAACAAGAAGCCAAGCAAGAAGGAGGUUGUAAAUCUCCUUAAGGAUGCCUGGAAGGAACGUAUUGCAGAGGAGCAGAAAGAGUCAUUUCCAGAUUUCUUCUUCAAUUUCCUGGAGCGUCGCUUUGGGGUCAAUGAUGCCAUGGCCUGGGCUUACACCAUUUUUGAAAAUAUCAAGCUCUUUCGUUCCAGUGAGAUCAUGAGUCAGUUCUAUGCAGUAUUGAUGGGAAAGAAUUUGGAGAGUGUAUAUAUCAAUCAAAAAGAGACAAUGUCCCAUCUGCUGAAGGAGUUGAUAAGUGUUGACAGUCAGAACGAGGGGUCAAUCACUAUGGAACAACUCAGCACCGUCCUCAGGACAACCUUUCCUCUCAAGAAGGAAGAGCAGAUUCAGGAGCUGAUGGAGGCAGCAGGCUGGGGUCCAGACAGCAGCAACUCAGACAUGCUAAACUACCGAUUAUUGUUUGGUGAGGAUGAGGAAGGGCAGAGCGAACCACUUGUGCAGAAGCUGUGGGAACAGUAUGAACAUGAGAAAGAAGUGUACUUAGAAGAACUGAAGCAGGAGCUAGGCCUGGAUCCUCUUGAUGAGGUGACCCUACUGAAGAUGCGAGUGACUCUGAUGAACAUCGAUCCCACCAUGGACAAGCAGACUCUGAGUGCCUACUUGAGCCAGGCCUACCAGAUCCCUGCGAUUGAUGUGCCACUGGACGAUGAUGAGAAGCAGGGGAUAAUUUCGAUAAAGGUUGAGACUGCAUUUGAUCGACUUAAGAUGGCAGACACGAAGCGUGUAGGACCUCGAGAGCCAGAGCCAGCAAGCUAGAGCCCCCACGAGCAACAGAAAUACUCCAAUGUUGCUAACCUUCUUCUAGUAUAAAAUUCUUUAAUUAAAUCA